AUGGAUUCCGGUGUUUGUAAGUUGAAUUUGAUUUUAUCUGCUAACAUCUGACUUUGUUAAUCUGAUUUUGUUACUUUUGAAAGAAUUUUCGGCCUAAAUUUGGCUUAAUUUACUUUAUUUUAGCCUCAGGUUAUCAUUCCCUGGACCGCAAAACAAUGAUGGUCCCGUCGUCGUCGGGCGGCUAUCCCGACCCCUCGCUGAAUUACUACCCCCAACAAACACAAAUGAACCCGACCAUGGCCAUGGAGAAUAUCCCACCGUAUCAGGUACCUCAAUAUCCAGUGCAAUAUCCAAACGCCUACCAAUACGCAAGUCCCGCACAGAAUAAGCAGAGGAGCCCGGGAAGAAGGCCGAAUCCGGGCUACAUCACACCUCAACAACAGAUUAUUCAGCAGCAACAGCAGAAAAUUGUAAGUUUUUUUAAAUUAGUGGGUAGUGUAAUAUAAAAUUUGAUAUUUAUGGAGGUAUUGGUGGAAAUGGGGGUGGGAAAUUUGAUUUUUGGAAUGGAAAUAGAAUCAAUUUUGAUGUUUCAUCGAAAAAAUUGGAUUUUUACUUUGUGUUUUUGCGAUAAACGAGAUUUUAUAAAAUAUCCAGAAAAUCCGUCAUCGAUGACUUACAACUUUUGUUCUGUUGCACAAAAGUGGGUGAAUUUUUUAUCUUAGUAUGUUUAUGGGCUCUGAAGAACAUUCGAAAAGGGAUAUGAGCAAUAUCUUGAAAAAUAAAGAUGUCAUGAUGACGGAUUUUUUGGAAAUUUUUAAAAAUUACUGUUUUGUCCCGGAUUUUGACGGACUUUUGUAGGAGACGAACUCGAAAUUCAAUAUGAUUAUUAAAAAAUAUAUUUUUUUCAGCAACUCGACCAGUCGAUGGCCAUGAAUUGCGGUGCGGCCGACCCAUUCCGCAACUGGAAUUUGGGCGCAAAUCCCCUUCGAAAUUCCCAAGGACCCCCAUCAGUACACUCCCUGAGCUCCAACAUGUCCAGUUUGUCCAUGAUGAGUCGGGCCACAAGAUUGUCGACGGUCUCGGUUCGCACGGACAUUGACGACAGCCAUGUGCAAUAUCGGGAGAGUGUCAUAAACACCGAUUCUAUGUUGUCUCCGGAGAUGUUUGCGAGGAAUGUGGAAGCAUUGGUUCAGAGCCAAAUGAUGAAUGUAAGAAGACGAAAAUUUUGGGGGUUUUGAAAAAAAAAAUUAUAUUGUUUUAGAUAAAAAGGUGUUCGUAAAUGUGAAAAUCUGGGGUUUUUGAUGGAAUUUGUUUUUUAAAAUACGCACGGCAGAAUUUUGCAAGAUUUUUUUGAAAAAUAGAAAAAUUUUUUCUCUAAUAUAAGGUCCAAAUAAAAAAUUUUUGAAUAAAUUAAAGUCUAGCUGCCUCAAAAAUCUCACAACGACCUCAUUUUUAGCCCGAUUUGGCUAAAGCCGUCUUAUAUUACCUGGACAAAAGGCAGCACUACGCCUACGACGCCCAAAAACCCCUCCAAUCUUGUGCCAAACUCUACGAUUUUACGGUGAAAACAGUCUACGAACGGCAUGUAAGUAAUUUGAAUUUUGUUUUUGAUCAGUUUAGAUAGUUUCAAGGUGGGAUAAAAGUAAUUUUGGAUAUGAUUUUAGGAGGACCUGAAGAGAUGCCCCGAGCUUCACGUUUCCCUAUUUGGAAUCUGGUAUUACUUGAUGAAAAUGCCGGCCAUGAAGGAUCUAACCGAGAGAUUGCUCAAGGAAAGCAGCAGAGUUGUUAUUAUGAUCCUGGCGAAGAAUUUGGGGCAAGUUUUUUGAGAUUUGUUACCUAAAAUUUGAUGGAUAAGAUAAUUAGGUGGUCGAGUUGAGAGUUUGGCGAAAAUAUAUGUGAUUUUAGGAUAUAAGACAAUUAGUGAGCUAGAAAAAGCAUAUUUUAAAACCUGUUUUUGAUAAAAAAUUUUGUUUUGACUGGCUUUUGGAGAGCUCGUCAUGGAUAAUAUAAAAAUAUGCUAGUUUUGGUAAAUAUAAGUUGUUUUAGAGUUUUAAAAUACGAUUUGAAUUCUUCUAAUAGAAUCUUGAGAUUUUUUAUAGAGGUUUUAGGCCAAUUUGAUUAGCUGAAACAGAAUGCCAAAAAUUGCGGGAAAUUUUAUUUUUGAAUUUUAGGUAACCUGAAGGCCAGAAAUGGACCUAAAAUUUUUUCACAGACUUGGAAGUAGCAUAUUUUAAACCAAAAUAUUUUUAUUUAGUGAUUUUAGAGCAACAUUACGGAUGGCUAUCAAGAAUAAUAUAAAAUUUUGUCGAAAUUUCAUGAAAAAUGACCGCGUUUGUGUGUAAUGGGUUUUAAAAUACGAUGAUCUUUGUUUUUCAUUUUAUUUAGAUAAUUUUCUUUCCAGGCAUGACCAACGCCAGAAUAAAUACUGCCUUCAAAUGAUCUGCAAAAUCCUCCGCCAACUCUUCAACGUGGACGACCGAAAACCGGUCCUCCGCUUCCUCAACACCCUUUACACCCGCGCGUUUGCCAAGGAAUGUCGUCGAGAGAAUGUGUGGAAGACAAUCGCUUCGAAUCUGCCCAAGUACAGCAACCAGGCGGCCGCCAUCGAAGCCCUGAGGCUGAUUUUUAAAACGCCUUCCAGGGGAGAGGAAAGAAUCAGAUUAAUGGUGAGUGUUUGUGAUUUUAGAACAGUUUGAGGUGUUGAAAAAUGACGUGUUUGUUUUGACUGGAAAUUUUGAGGUUUUUGAAAAUUUUGAAUUUCAAAUUUCCCGCCAAAUUGGCAAAGUGUUGGCAUUUCGAAUUGAUGUGUCUAAGGUAAUAUACAGGUGUUAUGGAUUGUGUUUAUAUCGGAAUUCAAGUGUUUGUAUUUCAAUUUGAUCGAGUUUUUAGAGCUUCACCUAGUGGAAUAUAAAAAUUUGGGAUUUUGGUAAAUUUGAUAUCUAAAAUAUUUGUAUCGAGCUAUUUUUUGAUGUAGCUAAGGAGAUAAGGGCUUGUUUUAUGACCUAGAACCUAAAAAUCUUACUUUUCAGAAAGAAUUUGUCCAUUUCGGAGGCCUCCAACUUCUCCUCCAAUGCGUCCUCCCCGGAAAAUACGAGGCCACCCUCUUCUCCAGCUGUUGUUUUAUCCUCGAUUUGGUCAACGACAACGCCAUAGCCAAGUUGUUUGUCAAGUUGGGCGGUGUAAUCGCGGUCGGUCAUCAUCUUGAUCACGAAUCUCCGCCGUUGGUCCGAAAAGUGGCUAGAAUUUUGAGAGAUACGUCCAGCGAUGACGCCAUGGAACAGCAGGACCGAGCGCAGCUGGAAAGCGUGAUAUUCAAAGCCAUUUCCAACCUGCGGUUGCCGGAUAAAGUGUGCGUGGAGCAUGUGAGCGGCUUCCUUUGCAAUGUCGCCAGGAUCAGCUGGGUGAAGGUAACUUUUGGGGGUUUUGAGGGAUUUUUGGGGGCUAUGGAAGGAGAUGGUUUAGGGAUAAGGAAAAGAGAUAUGUGAAGUGUAUUUUAAAGGGUUUUUAGAAUUAGUUUUGGGGUAAAAUACGAGCUGCAAAGGGUCAAGUGGAAUUUUUACGGUAUUUAUAAGGUAGUUUAGUUUUUUGAGGGAUUUUUAAGGGUUUUGGAGGGAAAAGGGUUUGGGGGUAAGGAAAAGAGAUGUAUGAAGUGUAUUUAGAGGUUUUUUAGAAUUAGUUUUGGGGUAAAAUCCGGGCUGAAAAGGAGCAAAAUGGGAUUUUUACGGUAUUUAUAAUUUAAUAUAAAUUUUUUUGAGGGAUUUUUGAGGGUUUUGGAGGGAAAAUGGUUUAGGGAAAAGGAAACGGUAUAUGUGAAGUGUAUUUAGAGGUUUUUUAGAAUUAGUUUUGGGGUAAAAUCCGGGCUGAAAAGGAGCAAAAUGGGAUUUUUACAGGUAUUUUUAAGUUAAUCUAGAUUUUUGAGGGGAUUUUGGGGGUUUUGGAAACAAAAUGGAUUAGAGAUUAGGAAAAGGGAUAUGUGAAGUGUGUUUAGACGUAUUUUAGAGUAAGUUAUGGGGCAAAGGAUAGGCUGAAAAAGAAAAAAUAGUUUUUUGACGGGUAUUUUUAAGUUAAUCUGGAUUUUUGGGAGAAUUUUGGGGGUUUUGGAAGGAAAAUAGUUUAUUUUUGGGGUAAAGGGGUCGGUUUAGUAUGUUUAUACGUAUUUUAAAAUUAGUUUUGGGUUAGAAUAUAAGCGCGCUUAUGCGAAAAAAAGGAAAAAUGUUAUUUUCACGGGUUUUUAUGGUAAUUUUUAUUUUUGAGGGAGAAUCUGGGGGGUUUUGGCGUGGCCGUAUUUUAAAAUUAAUUUUGAUGUGAAAUAAUCAAAAAAAGUUUAUAUUUUUUAAAAGUUUUUUUUAUGUUAAUGGGAGUGGUUUAGGGUGGAAUAUUUACUAAAAUACGAUGUUGAUUAUUGUCUUUCUUUUUAAUAAAAUUUUAGACUAUUUUUCGAAAAUAAAAAUUUUUUUAAAAUUUGUUUUUUGUUUUCUUAUGUCACCCUCAAAUUUAACCAACAAUUUUCAGGUAUAUCUCUGGGCCAGAAAUGCCAUCCGCGACCUCCUCCACACCCUGGAUAUUGAACUCAAUCCCCAAUACCCUCCCAAAGACCAGGAAGCCGAAACAACCCGCCUAGAAACCAUCGACAACAUCUUGGUUGCCACUCACUCCCUCAUGAACUGCCCAAUCAACAGAAACGAUGAUGCCAACAGCAUCAUCAGGGCCGAAGACGAGUCGUUGCAUCGAAAAAACGUGGCCCGAUAUUUGUUCGCGGAGAACGAAGAGCGGUUUUGGAACUUGGUCAAGGAACUGGCGAAACGCUGCGAAAUGGCCGCGCAGAAUGUGGAAUGGAGAAAUGAGGACAUUGAAAUUCAAAGGCACAUCAUUAUUGUGAGUUUUGACAUCGAUUUUUUGGAGGAAAUUUGAUUUUUAGUUUUGGCGGGAAAUUUGAAAUUCAAAUUUUUUAAGGGAUUUUAGGUAAAAUAUGAGUUCAGGAAGUGAUGAUAGGUUGAUUUUUUGCUAUCGUAAUUUUUUUGUUGGUUUUUUGGACGAAAUUUUGAGAAAAUUUUUGAAAAAUUUUUUGGUCAGCUCUUGACAUAAUUUUGAAAUUUUUUCGAUAAUUAGUAUAAGAACAGGUCAUAAAAGACCUGUAAUCGGAAUUUGCAUCAUAUAUCGUGAGUUUUGACAUCGAUUUUUAAACUGAAAUUCGAUUUUUAGUUUUGGCGGGAAAUUUGAAAUUCAAAAAUUUUUGAGGGGUUUGAGGUAAAAUGUCAGCUCAGGAAGUGAUGAGAGGUUGAUUUUUUGCUAUCGUAAUUUUUUUGUUGAUUUUUUGGACGAAAUUUUGAGAAAAUUUUCGAAAAAUUUUUUGGUCACCUCUUGACAUAAUUUUAAAUUUUUUUGAUAAUUAAUAUAAUAACAGGGCAUAAAUAACCUAUAAUUGGGGUUUACGUAAUAAAAUACAACUUUUUUCAGCAUUUUUCGUUGAUUUUUUGAACAAAAAUUUGUGAAAAUUUAGGAAAUUUUUUUGGUCACCUCUUGACAUAAGUUUAAAAUUUUUUUGAUAAUUAAUAUAAUAACAGGUCAUAAAUGACUUAUAAUUAUAGUUUACAUAAUAAAAUACAACUUUUUUCAGCUCCAAACCCACUUUCUCAACUUUUUCCGCGACCACUUUGUCUAUUACUCGCGCCCAUUGAAUGCGGAAGGCCUCACAGUCAUCAAAGUCCUCAUCGAUGUCCUCCAAUCCACAUAUUCUCAACACCAGAGCACCCAAAAUCGAGAUGAGACCAAAAUGAUUCCGGCCGAAGUCAGCCGAAAACGAGAGCGUUUGAUCCGACUGGAGCGCCUCGCCGAACGCACCGUCCAGUUCUUCGCACAAGUCGUAGAAGUCCACCAAACCCUCAUCCCAACCCUAAACCGUCACUCGGAUGACCUGAAGGAUGUCCUCGGAAAAGUCACGAACCUCGCCCCCGAGAAAUUUCUCCAACCUCUCAGGGCACAUCUCCAAAAACAUGAAGACCGAGAACAGGACUAUGAUUAUAUUGAAUUCGAUAAACCACGGCUAUUGUAA